GGUGGCACACUCUACCACCAAGCCCGCCCAACCUUGGUACGGGGAGUGUGAAAUACCGUGCUCACCUUGUCUAUGAUCCGAUGGCAUCACCCUACUACGACGUGGUUAUGAUCCCCACUUUGGAUAACCAUUGUCAUGAAGACGAGAUAGACCCCUCGAUGGAGGAUUCUGAAUGGCCGCCGUCACGAUGCAAGAUGUAUGUCUUCUCUUCAAAGCUAGGUUACUGGGAGGAGAAAUAUUUUGUCCGAGAAGGGGAUCCUGCAGGGACCGUUCGGCAGAUGCGAGAAGGUUUUGUGCAAUCCAAACCCGUCUAUUUCCAAAGAGCAAUUUAUGUACACUGUAGAUCUAAUUUUCUCAUGAGAGUAUCUUUGUCUAAUAAUAUGUACCGUGUAAUUAAACCACCAAAGGAUGCAACCGAGGAGAGAUGCGAUUAUCAAGUUGUAAGAUCAAAAAAGGGGGUUUACUUUGUGUCGCUCGAUAAGUACUGGCCAUGGUAUAAAUGUUGGCUUCGAGUUUGGAUCCUGGAUGAAUCGUGUGGUCGGACGGAGUGGAUGUUGAAGCUUGACAAAGACCUUAAGCCCCUGCUAGCACGUCACCGGCUUAACAAAAGAUUUAAGUGGAUCUUAGAAGAUAUCAACUACAACUUGUUCCUUUCUUCUGUUUACCCAGAAGGCAACAAGAAACCAACGGGUGAAGAGAGUGUUGAAUGGAACUCUGAUGAUGAUGUUGAAGAAGAAGAAGACAUGGUUGAUCAUUAUUUAUUACAAGACAACAUGAAAUCAGUAGUUAAGAAGGAAUUCAAAUGGAACUCCAACGAUCAUAGGUUUUCAUCAGAUGAAGAGCGAUAUUUCUUAGGUGAAGAGCGUUAUAUUCAUUCUUAUAGUGACGUUGAGAUACUUGGGUUUCACCCAUAUAAAGAGAUCAUCUUCUUGAGUGCAUCAGAGCGGACAGGACUGGCAUAUCAUUUGAAUGAAUCGAAGAUUGAAGAACUAGGAAAUAUAUACCCAAAGGAAUAUGGACAGUUCAAACAGGUAAGUAACGAACAAGAGAAGAUCAAAUCUUUUCCAUACACCCCAUGUUGGAUCGAAGAGUUCCCUGGUUAAUCUACAAG